CACGCCUUCGUUCCCUACGACGCUUUUUACGGUCUUUUCUCUUUGUUCGACGCGUGUUGCUGCCUGCUGCGACUUCCUCAGGCCUUAGAUCUAUUUAAGAACCUUAAAGUUCCUUUCAAUCGCUCUUUCGGUUGUUUCUGGUUCCUGUUCUGGGCCUUCACCCAACGCGUUCGCGAUGAACGCACGCCAGCCACCGAUUGCGAUAUAACCUUGACCACCUCCCUUGCGACCCACGACCACGCCCUCACCUCCUCCUCCACGGCUGUCAAUCUUUGUCAACUCGUAGGCAGUCAUGUCAACUCCGUCAAGUACCUCCCCGGAGAAUGGUGCCGUGCAGCAAACAUCCCCGUCCGCUGCCGCCGUCGAUGAGGACAGUAUGGGCGACAUACCGCGGAGACCAAUGCGAGUAAAGGUCCUGUACACGUUCGACGACCAGAACAAGUCAAACUGCCUCGCCCGCCUGCCAAAUGUGUUGAGCGUACCCGUAGUAUCCCUCGAUGAGACCACGCAGGUGGGAGUCAUGGAGCUCAAGACAUGCAUCCAGGCAAUCGUUGGCGCAAGCCCUGAACUGGUUGCCAAACUAGGCCACGACUACACCGUCUACGCAUACGACUUUUCCGAGUACGAGACGCCUCUUGUCGGCCAAGGCAUGCUCUCAUGGAUACUUGCGUCAGCAUCUGCCACUCCCAAUGCCCCCGCUGAACAGUCUGAGACCAUGGUCACCGGUCGCGUGUGCAAGAAUAUUCUGGGCAUCUUCUCCAACGGAGUGAAAGAGACAUUAGAAGUCAAGCUGAAGCUGGUGCCUGUUCCGACAUGUAUGCAGAAGGAAUACGUGGAGAACAUGGAGAGGUACCACAGCUUGAGUCAGUUGAUGCCUGAUGGGUUCGAUUAUAGCGCGUGGUCAGACUUUCUCAAGGAAAACCCAACGCUGGGUCAGCUGGCCCACCCGAAUCCAGCCAAUCCAGCCUACCCUGCGCAGCUGUCUCAACGACUUUCCUUUGGUGGCGUGGAGCCUUUCCAUCAGAUGCUUACCCGCCAGAGCCCCUCGCAAGACGCCUUCAGGAACGACUCCUUCUACGACCCGUCCAACAUGUCCUUCAACCCUCAGUCGACCCGAGCCUCUAGUCCCGCCAUGAGCACCCUCUCCUUCCAGCAGUACCAGUACAAUCCCGAGUCUCGACCAGAUUCACGGGCUUCCGUCCGGAGUGAAGCGGCACCUCCGCCCCAGCAGUUUCCGUUCAGCGAUCCUUAUGUCAUCGAGCAGCAAGAGGAGGGCCCGCCAAAAAAGAGAGCGCGAAUUACUCAGGCCAAGAGACCAAAAAGAACGCCACUCACUGCCCCUAACGAAUCACUACGCGUCACGGCUAGCACAGCAGCAUCUGUACGCCUCCACAAGCCCGCUCUUAGCAACUCAGCUGUCACUGGCGACCUUGUUCCUCGCGCACCUACACCUAGGCCAGGAGACCCUUUUGGCCAGCGUGGAUCACGCCGUCCGCCAGCCCCAAGUGCUUUAAGACGUGGUUCCAUGGAUGAAGGAACAACAUAUAUGUCGCCCUACGACACAACUGGCUUCUCCGACAAUGCUUUGGAUUCUGCAGACGAAAGAGAUGCAAGUCCCGGCGACACACCCAUGGACAUCCCUUCAUCGCCUCCAAUCGCGCCUCAGCGGACAGUAUCACCUGCUGCGUCUAGUCCACCUUUACCAACACUACCUCUCCCGACCGACUCUGGCUUCGUCAGUGAUAUGCCAAUAGGCCAUGAGGAAGAUAGCAUAGGGUUCGAUGGUAAGCUUUGGGAUGGAAGUGAUUUGCCUCUUGCACCAGAAGAACGAGUUGGGCCACGACAAAACAAAUCGCGCCAGCCCUGGCAGCACAUCAAUCCUGGUCCGGUUGAGCGACUCCCACAAUCGUAUGUACCGCGGCCGAAACAGUAUCAUCGCAAAUAUCCAGUUCAACCUAUCACGGAGAGCAUCGAGCAAGAUACUGGACACGCGCCGCCCACCGAUAUGGGCGCUAUGAACCAGGACAUUCUCGACCCAGCCCAGUUACAGCAACAGCAAGCCAAGAGCCAUUCCCGGGGCAUUGCGCAAACCAACAUGUCACAGUAUAGCAACGGUCGGGCCGCAGGGCGUCCUGCACGUCUUGCACGUACCGACUCUUUUCCUUUCGGGCCAAUUCAGCACGAUCAUUUCCAAGAAGAGUCGCAACAAGGCGCCCCGAAAGCUGAAUCACCUGAAGAGACUGUGUCCAGUGUAUGUCCGACUGGUGAAGGCGAAGCACCAGCAUAUAGUCGCUCGGCCACCCCGAACCUGCCACCAAAGCAGUCGAAACCGUCCAGAGUGAGAGGGCUCCCAAGGUCACAUACCUGGUCCGGGGCAGCGGAGCCGAUGUCAGAUGCUCCUACUCCUGCUGACUCGAAUAAUCCGCGAAGUGGUUCGGGCGCUAAGAGAAAGAAAUACAUCAAGGACAAACUGGAAAAAGCCAUCGCCGCUGGAGAGAUGCCACCACAUUGUAUCAACUGUGGAGAAAUCGAUACCCCAGCCUGGAGGAAAGCUUACACUCGCGUAGAAGCUGGAUCGCCUGAUGACAUCGAGCUUUCCACUGAUACGGCUGGUACUGGGAUCCUUGUGGCUGAAGUCAUUAAAUCUCCGGACGAGAAUAAUAGUGAGCCGAAGUAUCGAAUCUUCAAGAACAACUUGACCCGCGAGGAGAAGACUAUGAACACUUUUGAGUCACUCAAUUUGUGCAAUCCAUGCGGGCUCUGGCUUAUCAAGAAGGGCGAGAUGCGGCCACAGAAGCAAUGGGACAAGUCCGCGCGAGUAACUAAGCGUAAGCGGAAUCCGGGUACGAGCGCUCGAUCCAAGUCCACCUGCCAGGGCGAUGAUCUCGUUUCUGAUGCUAUUGUGCCUGACUCGGAACCUGUCAUGCCAGAUGAGCAAGAAGAGAUCCGGGCUUUCUUCGACAGUACUAUGGAAGGGGUAAUGCCGCCGCCCCCAGUUGCUCGAGAGCACACGGCGAGCUUUCAGGCAACCACAAGUGGAGCUGAAUUGGACAAUGACGCUGCGCAUGCCGCACUUCGACGAGCUAUCCAGUCAAGCCCAGCUGGUCUUCGAGGAAGCAAGAAUUCGCCCAUUGAUAUCGACCCAGAUCUCACGCCGAAGCCCACGCGACGACUUCUUUUCCCGUCACCCCGAAAGGAAGGCGAGGCCAAGUCUUUGUUCUGCGAUACGGUAGCAUCUACUGCCACACCAGAUGAUGUGUCAAACUCUGUGGCUAGCAGAGAGGAGAUGCCAGGUAAUCCCCGCUGCGAACGAUGCAAAGGACUCAAGAAAGCUUGUGACCGCGAACGACCUUGUGGACGAUGCGACAAUGCGGGUAUCGGCCACGACGGCUGUAUUCCGUGUCCGAGGAAGUAUUGGUAUGAGCAGCCUGCAGUGCGCAUAGCCGUGGUUGAUGAGAACAGUCCCGAUAAAGAGAACUGUCCGCCCCCAUCCGUUCAGGAAGAAGAAGAUUUCGCCCACCUUUUUGAGGAGCCAGUCUCACCCAAGACCACCCCUAAGAAGGACCAGCUCUUUCAAGACCUUCUGAAAACGCCGACUCCAGGCUCCCGCCGUCGUGCGCCCCUGACACCGAGACGAAGCGUUGACAAUGCAGAUCUGCUUCUAACGCCGUCUCGCAGCAUUCUCACUCCUCGAGGCACCCGUGCCGCAACGAUAGCGCCGGAGACUCCAUUCACUCGCCAGUUGAAUGCUCUCUUGUCCGACUGCCCGAUCUCGUCGCCAUCGCAAGCCAUCGACUUCUCUACCUUUUCCGCCUUCAACACACCGGGCCGCCACGGUGCGCAGUUCACCGACUUCAUGCACGAUGAUUUCCUAUCAAGCGACAUGCCAAUGCCGAGUUCACCACCGAAAGGAGGUGCUUUGGGACUUGGAUUUGACUUGUAUGAAGAUCCGAACACAUCAACUGUUGGGCUGUGGAGCGGCGCAAACAUUUUUGGGAGUGAUACACUUUUGCAUGAUAUGGAGAGCGGGUCUAAGCACGCAGAUAUGGAGUUCGAUGACGGGCCUGAUGCAACUGCGCUUCUGAAGAUGAAUGUUGGAGGCGUCACAGUCGACUUUGCUGCUAUGAUUGAGGAGGUUGUCAGUGCUGCGAACCAGGGCGCGGAUAUGGAUGUUCAGCCAGCGCCGAAGAGUCCUGAGGCACAGAGUUCUGAGGUGGGAAAAACACCAGACGAGCCAGCGGCAGAGUGAUGGAACGAGUCCCUAAAAGUGCGAUCAGGUUUUUGUGUCCCUAUGGGUUACAAUCUGCGUCCCUGACUUUGAUAUUAGUUCAUGAUUCGGUUUGGCGUUUAGCGAUCUGCCCAUGCAUGAUUGGCGCCACAUGGCAUGAAGACACGAAGCAUGAAUAUUCUUGUAUGAUAUAGUAGCGUCCUUGGCACCUAGUUUCUCACAUGCUGAAGCCGCAACCGUGAGUAGCCAUAGCAUAUGGAGCGAGAAAUGACAUGACCAUUCUCGAAAUUCAGCUUCAUCU